UCCCUCGCCUUGGGUGUUUCCUGCCCUUCCCUAGCAGGCACAGUCUUCACAGCAAGGCGGAGGAAAAGCAAGGCGUUCCAAGCAGCAGAGCGUGGGGAGAAAAUGCUGUUUUCCUCGGCCAGGCUUCAGCGGUGGGGAGCUGUCCUUGGCCUGCUUCUGGUGGCUGCCGUGGAAGGUCAGGGAAAUUACCGUCCGGAAGUGGCUACAAAAUAUGGACGCCUCCGUGGGAAGCUGGCCAGUGUGGAGGGCACAAGCCAGCCUGUGAACGUCUUCCUGGGGAUCCCUUUUGCCAGACCUCCCGUCGGAGCCCUCAGGUUCUCACCGCCACAACCGCCGGAACCCUGGAGCCACGUGAGAGAGGCCACCUCGAACCCUCCCAUGUGCCUGCAAGAUUCGGGGUGGAUAGAUACUUUUAGGAAGAUGAUGAAGGGAAAUUUUCUGAACCUUCCGGUCUCUGAAGAUUGCCUCUACUGUUUUGUUUUCACCCCAGAUCUGAAGGCCAAAUUACCCGUCAUGGUCUGGAUCCAUGGAGGCGGAUUGAUAGUGGGGGCAGCUUCCAUGUUGGAUGGAUCAGCUUUGUCUGCUUACGAACACGUGGUGGUGGUCAUGAUCCAGUACAGGCUGGGUCUCCCUGGAUUCUUCAG